AUGUCACCUGGAGUGAAAAAAGUUUCAUCCCUUGCUCAAAAGUUUGAUGAUUCGAAUAAGAGACAUACAGUUUCGAUUUCCAACAAGACGAAAGAAAGAAUUGACAUUUUUGAAAAGCAAGGAUCAUCGCCAACUCAACCAUCAGCAAAGGAUGAUUCGAAUGUACCAAUAUUAAAUCGUUCAAAUUCUUCCUCUGUGAUGAUUAAACCACAUUCGAAUAAUAAUUUGAAUAGAAUGUCCUCUUCACCAAAUUUAUCUUCAUCACCAAAGAAUCAUUCCCCAUCUUCGGAUCACAGAAUUUCAAGAAAUAUCAAAACUAAUUCUUCCAUCAGAAAGACAAUUGGUAAUUUCGAACAAUUAACCGAAACUGGAGGAAACUCUCCACCAACUUCAAGUGUAAGCGAGAAAAUUGCAAGAAUUGAAAGAAAACCAAAACAACAAUCCACCACAGCUUUCCAUCAUGACAGAGUUAAGAGAAAUUUCAAUAUUAGAAAGAAUGUCUCGACAGCUGACAGUAAAAUGACAGAAAGAUUCUCAAAAUUAUUGCAACAAUUUGAAAAUGAAAAGUUGGAUUCAUCAAAUUACAAGGAAGCAAUGCAAUUAUUUGAAAGAAAGUCUAUUCGAUUCACACCUUCUUCAUCCGAAAAUUGGUCGAAUUCUGAAGAAGAUCGCUUACAAGAAUUGUUAAGAUUAUUGAGAGAAGAAGAAAUGAAACGUUUAGAAUUAUUGGAAAAUAUGAUAAGAAAAGAAAGAGAAUCCGUACAAUUACCUUCAAGUCCAGUCCAUUCGAAAUCUUAUUCGAAUGUUGACUAUACCACUAGCUCAGCACUAACCUCACCAAAACCAAGCACAUCAACAGUAACAGGCACUAACAUUAAAACUCUCCACACCAGCAAUCUGAUGGAUAAGAUUAAACAAGAACGAAAUGAUUUUCUCAAUAAGGAACUUGAAAAGGAAAAGACGAAUCUUCCAACAACUCCAACCGUUCAAAUUAGUGGAAAACCUCUUAAGGAAAGACCACUCCCAACACCUGGUACGAUUACAUCCACUCCAUUGAAUAGUUUUUCUAAUAGAACUCCAAGAAAAAGUGACGUGAGUCCAGCAAAUAGUGAUCCAGUUGACUUGCAAGAUUUUAUAGAGCAAAAGAAGAAGAGACUCACAAUGUUACCAACAAAUGCUGAUGAUUUAUUCCAAAUGUGGUAG